CAUCAUCGUCACUAUUCUUCGAAUACGAUGUAGCUUUAGCUCUCUUCUUCUUUCUCUUCUUCUUCGAUACAUGAGGAGUUCCGCUGACUUCGGUAGAAAUUGCACCGUUUUUUGUAGCGCCAGUCCUAUUUGUUGAUCCAGGGCUCAUGGGAUUUCGUUCAUCAUGAUUUUCCUCUUCAGAUUCAGAAUCGGAAUCAGCCAUCAUGGCACCGAAGAGAUCUCCUUUGUUGAGGCGUCCUUUCUUCUUUUUUUUAUCUUUGCCAGACAUCCAUCCAUCACCUCCGGGUCUUCCCCCCACGCGCGGUGUUUGAAACCUAGUUGUCGAGUUCCAAGUAUCAUUCUUUCUGUUCGAAGACGACGAGGGCAUACCACUUCCUAUCGUUCGGCUUUUCUUUUCGUUUCCGCCAAGAUUGCCAAAUUUUUGUUGCAACUCCCUUCGAUAUGAUGAAAUGCGUUCAUUAUAGCUCUCGUCAUCUUCAAGGAGUCCCCUACUAGACUCUUCCAAGUUAGCAAUUUCACUCAAAAUGUCGUCCAGUUGGCCGCGUUUUUUUGUUUCGGCCGGAGAGAGGAGCUUUCCACCAGUUCUAUUCAGGUACAUCAAUGGUGCCGCUUGCUUCCAAAGUUUCGCAAGUUCGGCAUGGUGCUUGAGGGGGGAUGGUGAAAUUGGAUUUUUUGCAAUGGAUUGGAGUUUGGCUUGCCGCGCCUGGAGGGAAUCAGGAACUGUUUGAUUUCCGGAUUUAAAUUCUUGGAUACGAGAGGCCACUUGGUCGAGCAGAAAGCUGACYUCGUUUGCAGUCAAACUCCCUUCGUGUACCUGUUGGCUCAUAGCAUCCUUGACCAGCCUCUUCUUGUCCGAAAUGGAGACACAUUGUUCGUAAAAAAUGCGCUCGUCUUCACCCAUUUGCCCUCCUCUCAUCAACGAUGCAUCAAGCUUUUCGAGGGGUCCUACCAAGGUUUCUUCUAUGAGAUUUAGAAGAGAUCGUUUCUGCGACCAAGAUGAAAAUUUCCACUUGAGCAUGUUUGUGAAAAGAGAAACCGUCGACACCGCAAUCUUAUACUCCAGCGAAUUGGGUGGUAGCAUGGCCGAAGAUUUCGAAGACGACGAAGUUUUCGAGUCGAUUGCUUUUUCCUCGAGGAUUUUCGGGAAGACGACGACCGUUUUUAAAUUCUUCCCUGUAUCGUGCUGAAACUUGUAGCAUCCAGCUGAUUCAACUACGCAUGAAGCACCUCGAUCUUCAAUGUAACCAGCACCACUUAAUGCCGUCGUAACAAGCUUUAAAGCUGACGGGUCGUACUUCGAUCGAUUGCCUUUCCCUGCUCCCACCACCAGCGUGACACGAAUCAUCCCUGAACCACCCAAAUCAAAGUCUUCAGAGAAGGCAUCCCGAAUCACUUGGGAGAUGGUCGUGGAAGGCAGGCCUCCCAAAUCAAAGGUUUCGCUUUCG